AUGAAGUUCUUUGCUGUUAUAGUUAUGUGCGCUAUCACUUGCCUUGUUGUUGCCCUUCCUCAAAGACUCUCUGACGAACAAGAGACCAAGCAGUUUAAUCAGGAAGUGGAAAAUUGUAUUGCCGAAACGAAAGUUGAAAAGGCAACACUUUAUCAAUUCGUUAAAGAGUUCCAAGAAAAUGGAGAGAUGAUCCAGGAUGAGAAGCUUCACUGCUUCAUAGCCUGUUUAUUGGAGAAAAACGAUGUUAUCAAACGUAACGGGACUAUUGACAAAAAUACUUUGCUGUCUGAAAUGCCAACUGACAUGCCCCAGAAAAAAAUUAAUGAAGCCACGGAGUGCAUACCUGAAGCUAUGCUUUGGAAUUAA